CAACUUCAAAAAAUCGCGCGUAUGUGUGUGCAUGUGAUGUUAUUUUUUGUUAAAUUAUUUUAAGUGUUUUUCUUUUUUUUUUUUAACUUUUAUUUUGUUUUAUUAUAUACAAAUCAAUCUCUUUUUUAUAUAUAAAAUCAAUUAAAAAUACAUGUUUUAAAAAUGUCCAAAAACAAAAUAAAUAUCACAAAUAUCGAAUCGGAUGUUAUUGAAGUCAAAUCAAAGUUUGAUGCCGAAUUUCGUAGAUGGGGCUUUAAGCGCAAUGAGCCCACAACUUUUGAAAAUUUCUCUGCCUUAAUUGAACAACUACAUAGACUAAAUAAUAUACAAUUUUUGAUUUUAUAUAUUGAUCCUCGUGAUAAUGACUUAUUGCCUAUUAAUAACGAUGACAAUUUUGGAAGAGCCUUAAAAACCGCAAAGCCUUUACUAAGAAUUAUCGUUCAGAGAAAAGACUAUUUUGAAGAUUUCUCUGGCUAUGGAACUAUGAAACCACGUAGUAAUAUCAUAAGUAGUAUUCUUGGACAAACGCCAGUAAAGACUAAGGCCCCAACCAUAUCUAAUCCGCAUGAUUUUCGACAAGUUUCGGCUAUUAUCGAUGUUGAUAUUGUCCCUGAAACGUGUCGUAGAGUACGUUUACUCAAACAUGGUAGCGAUAAGCCAUUAGGAUUUUAUAUAAGAGAUGGAACCUCAGUUCGUGUUACAGCUAGUGGACUAGAAAAACAACCAGGUAUAUUUAUAUCUCGUUUAGUACCAGGUGGUUUGGCAGAAAGUACUGGUCUUCUAGCUGUAAAUGAUGAAGUUUUGGAAGUUAACGGGAUUGAAGUCGCUGGAAAAACUCUAGAUCAGGUCACCGAUAUGAUGGUCGCAAAUAGCUCGAAUCUUAUUAUAACAGUCAAACCAGCCAAUCAACGAACUUUGACUACACCCCGACGGGGUUCAUUUUCUCGAAACAGUCAAUUAUCGAGUGGUUCGCAUCACACAAACCACACCAAUACAUCAGAUGAGAUCGAACAAGACGACCAGGAUGAAAUAGUCGAUUUGACUGGUGUAACUCUUGAUGACCAACAACACAACCACAUCCAACCGACUCCGCCCAAUGCAGCUACAGAGUCCAAAGACGGCGUUUUGCACUUAUAAACAAAAAAAAAACAUACUAGUUAAUUAAGAAU